AUGAGACGAACAAUAGUCAGGUACGUUUGCCUCUGCAUAACAAUGGUUCUAAUAAGAGUAGCCCCGCGCGUUAAGAAGCGCUUCCCAACGCUCCAACGGCUCGUGGAAGCUGGCCUCCUAACGGACAGUGAACGAACUAUAAUAGCCAAAAUGGAUGAACGUUUUCCGCGUCCUUCGAAGCAUUGGAUGCCAAUUGUUUGGGCAGCAAGUAUCGUGACUCGUGCCCGCAAGGAAGGUCUCAUACGGGAUGACUUUGCCGUGAAGACACUUAUUGAUCAGCUUAACAGCCUUCGUGACAGUGCGAGUAUUCUUCUCAAGUACGACACUAUCACCAUUCCUCUUGUCUACACACAAGUAGUCACCUUGGCCGUCUAUUCGUACUGCGCCGCAAAUAUUUUGGCAAGCCAAUGGUUUGAGAGUAGUGAUGAAGGGAAAGAUCAAGCCUUAGAUGUCUACUUCCCAUUUUUCUCAACGCUUCAAUUCUUCUUCUACAUGGGAUGGCUGAAAGUAGCUGAAGUCCUCAUUAAUCCCUUUGGGGAGGAUGAUGAAGACUUCGAAGUGAAUUGGAUGAUUGAUGAAAAUCUCAAAGGAUGCUACAUGAUUGUCGAUGAGAUGCACGAUGAACACCCGGAACUGGUUAAGGAUCAAUACUGGGAUGAAGUCUUCCCAAAUGAGCUUCCUGGUGCGGAAGAAUUUCACGAACAACACCCAGAAGCAUCAACAUCUAAGCUUGAGAUUCCAGAAGCUGAAGCACACCUAACCUCUAAAUUGCCACCAAAAAUCAUUGUGGAUGACAUGGUACGAGCCAACAACCAAAGAUUUAAAAAAGAGUUUUUCUGUUGUUAACCUUCCUUUUUCAUUUGUUUUUGCCUAAAUAGAGUGAUGGGAAUGUUGAAAAUGGUCAAGAUCAACCAGGACAGAGUGCAGAGAACCUCGUUGAUACUGUCACAAUGGCAUUUGAGCGUUUCUUCAGGACAGAAGAUGAGCAAUCAAUGCAAUACUUGAAGGAAACUACCCAAGUAUCAACUGCUCCGAGUAGGGCCAGCUUGUCUGAAGGUUCAAAAGUCACGAUUACUGUGCCAGAUGGAAGUCUUGAGGAAGACAAUGAGACACCUGAAGAUGAUGAAUUUGAAAAACUUCGCUUAACUCGUGAAAAAGAACGCCAGGAGAGGAAUAAACUGUUGAUUUCCAACCCUACACAAGACGUUGCAACAACUUUAGAUAUGAGCGCUUUUCUUGAACAAAUUAUUGACAAAAAUAUGGAUAAAAUUGAACCAGAUUCAGAUUAAAAGCUUGAAUUUUCCUCUUUACUAUCCAUUUUUUUCUCUUUUGAUCCUCCGUGAUGCUUUUGCGGAGUUUUAAAUUCAAAUAUGGCGGAUUAACAGUUUUCAUGUCUUCACUGUCUUCAAUUUCCACUAAAAAAAAAACUAAGAGUGCUAAGAUUUAGGGGCUUUGGGGCCUUCUUUGUCGUUUUUCUUGUUUCUAUCAUACUUUUCCUUAUAUUUUCUGCAAUUUUUCUGCACAGAAAAUGCUUUUUGAGCCUUAAAAUCGUUUAGGGGAGAUCGGGGUAAAGUCAUUUUGGAAUUUUAAAAUGCCAAUUUCUCCAAACUUAUAAAUCGGAAAAAAAAAUUAGAGUGAGAAGCCCAAUCAACCUACAAUAUUUGACUGUACAUAAUUUGAGGAUUAUCCGAUCAGUAUCUACUUUAGAAUGAAAAUAAAUUUUUGGCCCAUUCCCCAAACUUUUGUGUAUUGUGGAAAAUCUAUUCUCCGAAACUUUUCUUUUAGCAAUUUUCCAAUCCGAUAAUUUUUCUCACAAGCUGGGUUAGUAUAGAAAAUGUUGCCAAGAUGUAUUUUUCACAAACUUUUAAUGAUUUUUCUGAACAAAUUAUUAAAUCAAAAUACGCCUCUUGGGGUAAAUAUAGUCAACUAAUGUAAAUCAUAUGAAACAUCGAAAUUUUUGACAUAUUUACUAACCAUUUCUCUGUUUUAAUGGUUAUAAAAUUAAAAUUUCUUGUCGCGGUUUAUCUGGCGAAUAUUUUGUUUUCUUUUUGUGAAUUAUGCGAAUAUUUCUGAAGAUCUGAAUGCUUGACUUCACAUGAACAUCUUUUGCUAAAAAUUGAACAACUCAAAAUCGAAAAGUAAAACCAAAAACGUAUUUAAGACUUUUUGGUUUGAGUUUAGUCUUUUUUGAGACUUUAAUAUAUUUUUUUUAUGCAGUUUUGGAACUGAAAACCAAAAAUUUAUCGGCAUGAAUUGUUUUUUUUUUGUUACAUGAACUACUUUUUGGCUCUCUUGUUAGCUCUUAAAAACAGGACAAAACGUUAAAAAAAAUUAAAAUAUGAAAUUUAAUUAGAUGUGUCCUUAAAUUAAAACUCGCAAAAAAGGUAUUUUGUAGUACAAAUAAGUUAAUAAUUGAGUCAACAAAGAUAAAAGUUGAGUCAUGAUAACAUAUUUGAGUCACAAAAAGUCUUUUCUGGCGUCACAAUUGGAUAGAGCCUUUAGCCGUUUAAUGAGAAUUUAAGGCUAUUUUUUUAUUAAAUUUUUCUCUAAAAGAAAACUUCAAAAAUCCCUCUAAAAUGUCUCUAAAAGUUCCCAUAAUUUCUGAUAUCAUCCCUCUUCUGUUUGAAUUUACUACUUUUCAGUUUGAUUUAAGUCAUUUAAUUGUUUUUAUGCUCGAAUUAUCCGAAUAUUAGCGAAGAUUCGAAUAAUUUCGUCCAGAUAAACCCCCCUUCCUUGUAAAUGAAGCAUUUGAGUGUUUUACAUUUUUUUUAAUAAUAUUUUUUUUUACUUUCUUGCUUUAAAAAUAUUUUUCUUAAUUAAAUUCGAAAACUUUUAGAAUUCUGGCGAAUAAUAAAUUCGACUUACCAAGGCACGAAAAAAUCGACUUAUUGCAGCAGCCACUAUCGCUUCUUCCUCUUGGGGAUGAAGGUUGGAGCUUCGUCAGGUUCUUCUUCGGAAUUCAUGGAGAAUUCCACAUCCUGCUUGUCUCUGAACUUGAUGUUCUUGAAGGAAAUUAUCUCAGGUUCCUCAGCGGCAGGAGUUUCAGCUGCAGGAUCUUCUGCCACUUCUUUCUCUUUGUCUGCAUCAACCUGGGCAAGAAUUUUCCUCAGAGCGUUGUACAUCUCAGUUCUGGUUAAAAAAAGAAAAUCAGGAUUAUUUUUUAGGCUCCAAAACAGCCCAGAAAAAGAGCCUUCAAACUUACUUUUUGGACUCCUGAAUAACAUUCAAUUUCACACUUGCUGGCCUCAGGAAGGUAAUAAAGUCUCGUAGUUCCCGCAUGCUGGAAUGACUGGAGUAGCAGACGCGAAUGUUGAAAUUAGUCAUCUUCACAAAGUCUCGAGAUUCCUUCCAGUUUGUCCAGAACAUGGCUGUUGGGAGAAUCUUACGAACUUUCUUUCCGUUGCUCCUCACGACGGGACAUCCGGGUUUCCAGCACGCGUGAAUUUGACUCUGUUUCUCAUCCACCGUGAACACACCAUCCAUGUCAGGGAUGUACGCAUAAUCAGCCAUAUUCCAUGGCUCAAUAUGAAGGGGCAUCCGGGUGCGUUUGUGGAUCUCCUUGAAGAGAAAUUCCGAUCCGUAGUGAGCUGGAGUCUUCAGCCACACAAUAUGCUCCUCAGACUUUGCUGUCCAUUCCUCAAUUAAAUCCACAAUGGUCUUUGUGCUGACAGACCGGGAGGGGAAAUCCUCGUAGCUUUUGCAGAGGAAUGUUGAGUCCACAUAGACGUUAUCCAGCUUCCCGCGAAUUCGCUCAAAAACCCGAAU